UAAUCUUCCUUACUUGAGUUACUUCCUACACCCAUGGCUAAUUCAAAAACUCUCUCGUCCACUUUCUUCACCUUCCUAACCCUUACCUUUCUUUUCUCCUUCCUAGUCACUGCCAAUUACUACCAAAAUAUCCCUCCAACAUACCUAGGUUUCCAUGAGGAGAAGCUCACCCAUUUUCACUUCUAUUUUCAUGAAGUUGUUACGAGCCAAAAGCCUUCCCUUGUCAUAGCCACCGAGCCCCUAAAGGGUAAGUCCAAUUGUCCCCUUCCAUUUGGGUCCAUAGUGGUGAUGGAGGACCCAUUAACAAUUGGGCCCGAACUUGACUCCAAACUGGUGGGAAAGGCCCAAGGAUUUUACAUAUCUUCUGCCCAAACGGAGGGUUUGGAGUUGGAGUUGGUCAUGGGGAUGACCUUGGCGUUCAUAGAAGGGGAAUACAAUGGCAGCACACUAAGUGUGUUAGGGAGAAACGCCAUCUUCUCUCAAGUUAGGGAAAUGCCAAUUAUUGGUGGAACGGGUGCUUUUCGCUUUGCACGUGGCUUUGUUCAAGCUAGGAGUGUCAAGGUUGAUUACCAAAAAGGAGAUGCUACCGUGGAAUACAACGUAUACGUGCUCCAUUAUUCAUCUCACGAGGACUUUAACUAGGCCUAUACUAUUUCCACCCGUAGUUUCAUUGCUAUAAGAGUUUUAUUCACGUGUGUGAGUUAGCACUAUAAUUUAUAGAAUUUGUAUCAUAGUUUAUUUUAUAAAUCUGAUAAAAUUUUUGUGAGUUUAUAAA